AUGGUGAAGGUUGGAGUGCACACAUUUGACCGUAUUGGAUGCCUGGUCAGCAGGGCUGCUUCUAACUCUGGCAAGAUGGAUGUUGUGGCCAUUAAUGACCCCUUCAUUGACCUCAACUACAUGGUCUCCAUAUUCCAGUACAAUUCCACCCAUGACAAGUUCCAUGGCACUGUCAAGGCUGAGAACAGUAAGCUCAUCAUCAACAGAAAAGCCACCAUCAUCUUCCAAGAGCGAGAUCCCACCAACAUCAAGUGGGGUGAUUCUGGUGCUGAGUACAUGGUGGAGUCCACUGGCGUCUUCACCACCAUGGAGAAGGCUAGGGCGCACCUGAAGGGUGGUGCCAAACAGGUCAUCAUCUCCUCCCUUUCCACUGAUGCCCCCAUGUUUGUGAUGGGUGUUAAUCAUGAGAAGUAUGACAACUCCUUCAAGAUUGUCAGCAGAACUUGCUGUACCACUAACUGCUCAGCCCCACUGACCAAGGUCAUCCAUAACAACUUUGUCAUCAUGGAGAGACUCAUGACCACAGUGCACACCAUCACUGCCACCCAGAAGACUGUGGAUAGCCCCUCUGGGAAUCUGUGGUGUGGUGGGCACGGGGCUGCCCAGAACAUCAUCCCUGCAUCCACUGGCACUGCCAAGGCUGUGGGCAAGGUCAUCCCAGAGCUGAAGGGGAAGCUCACAGGCAUGGCCUUCCAUGUGCCCGCUCCCAACAAGUCAGUGGUGGAUCUGACCUGCUGCCUGGAGUAA